AUGGGAAGAUUGUUGUCGCUUGGCGGUGAGCCUCAAGAUCUUGACGACAUCCUUUCGCUACUCGAGCAGACAAUGGGUUUACCACGACAAGUAGCCAGACUAGCCGAUCCAGCUCUCGGAAGAGCUGGAGAAGCCUCUGGACCUAAUGACGACCUGGAGCUCCUACCCCGUUCACCAGCCAACGUGGAGCUCGAGACUGUACUGUCGUCAUCAAGAGAGGAAGACGACUUCCCCGAAUUGCCCAGCGAUCCAUUAGCUCCUCUUCCCAAAGCCGCUGGGGCAACUCAGUCAGCCGUACGUCCCGGCCGCAACACCCUCUCCCUUGUAGUAGACGCAUGUGUUCGCCUCAAAUGUGCCCGUGCUGCGCAGAACUACUGGGGCCUCCUCACCUCACCUGAUAGCGACAACAGAAUCAUUCCCGAUAGCGAAAAUUAUCACACGUAUCUACGUCUACUCCGUCUCCGACGAUCCGCAAAGCUCGCCGUUGAGCUUGUCGACGAGUUGACAUCUGGCGAUUUGACAGGCAAGGCAGGUGUGGAGACGAAGACAUUCAGAAUCGCUCUGAGUUGUUGCGUCAGGGAUAAUAAGAAUAGAAACUCGAUAUUUCAUGCGGAAAAGCUGGUCAAGAUAAUGACGGAGACCCUAUCUUAUCCGGACGCUAAGGCUCUGGGCAUGUACCUUCAAGUUGCGCUCCUCCAGAAGCCUCGAGAUUGGCGCGUUAUCAUGAGCGCUAUUCGUGGCUGCGAGCUUGGAGUGAGGAAUCUACGCAGUCUAAUAGCUUAUGAGCCCGGUGGGCCUCGGAAGCAGAACGAAGAGGAUAUCUUAGAGCUAGUGAGGGGACUGAUUAGUGCGAUUGAUGUAGUGCUCGAUCUUGGUAAUGAGGAGAUUGAUGGUAAAGAGAAGAAGAGGUGCAGAGAGCGGAGGCAUAUGCUGGCGGCAUACGUUACGAGAACGCACCAUCGCCGUGUGGCGGAGGGGAAAAGUCAUGAAGUUAAAAAGGGGGAGGAUGAGGGUACGGGCGGGAAGGUUUUAUCUCCCAAGAGAAGCAGAAGUGGAAGGAGGGAGGAGUGA